AUGAGCGAGGGAAUUCCACCGUCUGCUACACCAAGCGCAAAGUCCAAGAAGAACAAGAAGAAGGCCGCGAAAGCCAAGGCCGACUCCAAGGCCGACGAGCCCCAAGAGGAUGCGCCAGCUGAUCAUAAUGACACUGAUAACGAGCACAAUGAUGCCAACGAGGCCGUACAAGUGCCAGAAUCCAACGGCGCCAAGCCCGCCACGAUAGACGGCAGCCUGCCUGAUCGGUCUGUCAAGAACCAGGAGUCCGUGGCUACUAGCGAUGCCCCCCCACAAACCGAUAACCAGUCCGACCCCGCUUCCGCUGGCACCGAGCCAAAAGACCGAUUCGAUGCACUUGUUCGAGAUCGCGACUCGUUACGCGCGGAAGUAGCCGAUAUGCGAAAAUCAUUGGAACAGAUUCAGUCCAAGCACACCGCAGACAUGGAAGCCCUGCAGCAGAAAUUGGAGGACGCGGAGAGCAAAAAGGAGCAGGCGGAAACGCAGUUCCAGAUGCUCUUGGAACGAGUUAACACCAUAAAAUCGCAAUUAGGGGAGAGACUCAAGGAGGAUGCUGAGGAAUUAUCUCUAGCGCGAUCACAGAUCGAAGAGCUCGAAGAUGAGAACGACCACUUGAAGGAAGAGCUCGAUUCAAAGUCCAACCAACUCUUAGAACUAUCGGGCGACUCAGCAGAGAGAGAGAAGGAGCUGUCUACUCUUCGGGACCGGACGAACUUAUCCCAGCAGAAUUGGUUCAAGGAGAAGGAAGAAUUGCUCGCGCAGGAGUCAUACCUCCAGUCGGAGUUUGAACAGGCGAAGGAGGCUAUGCAUAAUUGGGAAAUCCUUGCCAUGGAGGAGCGGUCUAUCCGAGAGAACCUCAACGAGAAGGUCGGGGAUCUGGAGGAGCAGCUCAGUAGCCUGAGAGAUGGUUAUGAACGCGCCACCCAGGAACGCGACACCCAACAGUCAACAGUUGACGGCCUUCAGCGGGCUUUGCAGGAAAUUCAAUUGGCGCGAAAGCAAGAGCUGCGGGAGCUUGUCGAGAGCUCUGAUUCUCAACUCGAGGAGCUCAGACGCUCUCUACGGGAAGCACAGAAGCAGGCCACUGACGCUGACAAGGGUCUGCAGAAGGCCCAAGAAGAGAUUGAGCGAGUCCGACCAUUUGAGAAAGAGGUCAAGGAGAAGAACCUUCUGAUUGGCAAGCUACGGCAUGAGGCAGUCACGUUGAAUGAUCAUCUGACGAAAGCUCUACGGUUCCUCAAGAAAGGAAAGCCGGAAGAUAAUGUUGACAGACAUAUUGUCACGAACCAUUUCCUGCACUUCCUUGCUUUGGACCGAUCUGACCCGAAGAAAUUCCAAAUAUUGCAACUGAUCGCUGCCCUAUUAGGUUGGAACGACGAGCAACGUGAACAGGCAGGUCUUGCUCGCCCAGGGACCUCGAAUAUGCCCGGGAAGCUCCGAGUCCCUGGCACUCCCCUCCGCACGCCGAGCACGCCAAAUCUAGCGGAGUUCAUGGACAACGGUGCCUCUAGUAAGGAGACAUUGGCCGAACUAUGGUCUAAUUUCCUGGAGCAAGAAGCCGAGGUGGGUAAUAUGAAUCCAUCGCGACGAGGAAGCCACCAAACCCUGCCUCCCAAAUGA